UCUGUUCUCUUCUUUCUUUUUUUUUCCCUUCUUUUUUAAUGUCUGAUUGUCUUGAAAUGUUAGUUAGGGUUUUGGUUUUAGGAUUGUUUGGUUAGGAGGAAAGUAUGAGAAAAUGAAAUCUGUAAAUCCUCAAAUGUUUUUACGGGAAUUACUUCCAAGCCUUAACAGUUUUAGAUCUAUUUUUCAAUAGAGCAGUCGAGUCUCAUUUCCCAGUACUUCUCUCUCUACAACUCUCAUUCUCUUCUGGUUCACAUAUGCAAUUGCUCUGUUUAGGGUUUUUGGGUUCAAGUGUUGCAGACCGUGUUGGGGUUCAUCUCCUUUGAAUAGGUUGUCUCUCUUUGGGCCAUGGAUGGGUUGGUGGGACAUAAUAGGGGUAUUUGAGCAGCAGUGGUAAUAUAUGGCUUCCUUCCGAGCAUUCUUGAACAGUCCAGUUGGUCCAAAAACAACUCAUUUUUGGGGACCUAUUGCCAACUGGGGAUUCGUUGCUGCUGGGUUGGCGGACAUGAAUAAACCCCCAGAAAUGAUAUCUGGCAACAUGACAGCAGCUAUGUGUGUUUAUUCGGCCCUGUUUAUGAGGUUUGCAUGGAUGGUUCAGCCUCGCAACUACCUACUUCUCGCAUGCCAUGCCUCAAAUGAGACUGUGCAGCUUUAUCAACUCUCCCGUUGGGCAAAGGGUCAGGGGUACUUGCAGGAGAAGAAAGACGAAGCUGCAUCUAACUGACUUGGUGCUGCCUUCUUCUACUUUGCUCGAUCAGCGAUUUCUGUCGGGGUUCCUGGAAACCACUGGCAUCUUGUGUCAGACUCCUCUGAAACACUUCACUUUCAAUUUUAUUGCAUGUAUUAGCAGAACCAAGCAGAUCACAGUCGAAUGAAUCUUGAUUCCUAUUGUGGCUUUGCUUUUAUGGCAAUUAAUAAAUCUGUAAGAUAGUAGUAUUUGAUCCA